CGCUCAUGCUGUAGAGAGGGAUUUCAAGGCCACGGGCAAGGAUUCAGCCCACAAGGAAGACAUUUUACAGCCUUAGAACUGAAUAGAACUUCCAGCUAAAUAUCUAUACUUAACACCAGCCAGUGAUAUUUCAGAUGUUGUUAUUCACAGGUCUCUUCAAUAAAUUCUUCUUCUGCACCAGCAUGUGCUCAGGGUUGGUGGAGAAUUAUGUAGCUGCAAUGGUUCUUAGCGCAGCUGGAGAUGCCCUUGGCUAUAAUAAUGCUAAAUGGGAAUUUUGCAGAGAUGGACCGAUGAUUCAUAAUGAGCUGGCCAAGCUAGGUGGAUUGGAACAUCUUGAUGUGGAGAAAAUGAUAGUGAGUGAUGAUACUGUAAUGCACAUCGCCACAGCUGAAGCGCUGGUGGAAGCAGGCAAAUAUAUCGAACCUGCCAUGCUUUAUCCUUUGUUGGCAAAAAAAUACAAGGAGUGUAUGUUUGAUAUGGAAGGCAGAGAACCAGGCAACACCUGUAUGGCUAAUGCACAACGCCUGAAACCUGAGUUGCCAAAUGGUUGGGAACUUCCAUAUCAGUCAACAGCUGGAGGUUGUGGUGCAGCAAUGAGAGCCAUGUGCAUAGGCCUUAGGUUUCCACGACCAGAACAGCUGCCGGAUUUGAUCAGAGUCAGCAUAGACAGUGGCAGGAUGACACACCACCAUCCAAGUGGGUAUUUGGGAUCACUUGCUUCUGCACUUUUCACCUCAUAUGCUAUAAAUCGGAAGCCUCCUCAUGAAUGGGGCAAAGGUCUCCUGGAUGUUUUGCCGAAGGCUAAGGCCUAUAUUGUAGAGUCUGGUCAUGAUGUGGAGGAAAAUCUAACAAAUUGGGCUUACUUUGAAACCCAGUGGAAUUAUUAUCUUAAAGAAAGAGGGAUAAUGGACGGAAAGUCUCAGCCAAGGUUCCCAGAAGAAUACGGUGUGGAGGAAAGAGAUGAAUUCUACAGUAAAGUCAGCUACAGUGGCUGGGGUGGCAGCAGUGGUCAUGAUGCCCCAAUGAUCGCUUAUGAUGCCUUCCUUGGGUCAGGCAAUAACUGGACAGAACUUGCUCACCGGGCCUUCUUCCAUGGAGGUGACAGUGAUUCAACUGCUGUGAUUGCUGCUGCCUGGUGGGGGGCCAUGUAUGGAUUCAAAGGAGUCAGCCCAGCCAACUACAAGAGGGUGGAAUACAGGGAGAGACUGGAGAAGCUUGCAAGAAACUUGUACCAAUUAACAUAACCAGUGAUCAGUUAA